AUGAUGGAGAGGUUGGGGACAGCAGAGAUGGGAGACGCUCCGGAUGUCAGCUCACCCCCCCGACAGGCAGAGGCGGAGAGCACGCGUGGAGUGGAGCAGAGUGGGGUGAAGGAGGGGGCGGCCCCCAGUUCCCCCCCUCAUGCUGUGCCGGUGAUUGAGCUGCUCAGGAGGGGGGAGGGAUCGGGGAAUAUAAAGGCCAGGGAGCAGGAGCUGAGACUGCAGAGCUUGAGUACCAGCGAUCUGAGCAGAGCCCCAUUGACCCCCACAACUGAGCUGUGCAGAGCACCAUUGACCCCCACCACUGAGCUGUGCAGAGCCCCUCUGACCCCCUCAACAGAGAUCUGCAGAGCUCAGCUCACCCCAACUACUGAGCUUUGUAGACCCCCCUUGAACCCAUCUACAGAACUCUGCAGACCCCCACAGACCCCAACCACAGAGCUGUGCAGAGCCCCCCUGACUCCAACCACUGAACUUUGCAGGACCCCUCUACCCCCAACCACAGAGCUCUGCAGACCCCCCAUCCCUCUGCCUGUCUCUGGACCUCAAGCUGAGCAAGCUGCGGAAGCCCGAAUGGUCCAGCUGAGCCCCCCAGAAUCCCUCCCCAUCCAGGCGGCGGGCAGAACCAUGCUGUAUGGACUGAGCCAGCCUCUAACCCCCGGGAACAGGUAG